AUGAAUGAUGUACAAAGGCGGGAAACUUCUCCUGUAAAUCAAUCUCAGCAGAUAAGCUGCGGAUGUUGCGGAAAUCCAGAUGAUAGUCGGAUGGUUGCUUGUGAUGUGUGCGAGCGGUGGUAUCAUUUCGUGUGCGUUGGUGUGGAUGCGAGUAUACAGGAUCGUGAUUGGAGCUGCGAGAAAUGCCUUAGAGCGGCAGCUCAGAUCCCAACCGGUACUUCAACGCCAACCGCUACAGGUGCUACGGCUAUGUCAACAAACGAUGGACAGCCUACAUCAGUUCGGGAUAUACAGAUGCAAUUAACAGAAAUGCAGGAGAAGUUGAACAGCCAGAUGAAAAACUUCGAGAAGAUCAUGAUGGAAAAAGAUGAUCAACAUCGGAAGGCCCUCUCAGACCAGCGGCAAAUAUACGAACGUCAACUACUUACGGAACGUCGAGUGCACGGGCCUGCGGAGGCUAUUCAGCGUGACUUGGGCUCAUUUUGCGGUGAACCAACGGCAAAUUCAACGAGGUUUCGUCCCUCUCAGAGUAUUGCGAACGAGGAUAGGGAGGCGCGAGACUUAUUGUCAAGGGAGUUGCAGCUUUUGGAGGAGAGGCAAUCAUUAGAGAAAAGGCAUUUGGAGGAGCGAAGGCAGCUAUUGCUGCGAUUUGGCGUGCAAGACGGAAAUGCGGCAGAUUUGAAUCCUCAGGCGAGUGGGUCUCAACCGAUUAAUCCCAGCAGUUUGUUUUGCGCUUCCACGCUCAGUCAAAGCCAAAUUUCGGCACGACAAUGUAUUAGUCGAGAAUUACCGACGUUCUCCGGCAACCCUGAAGAAUGGCCGCUCUUCAUUGCAAGCUAUGAGAACUCGACUAGAAUUUGCGGGUACAGCGACGAAGAAAAUUUAUUGCGUCUUCAACGAAGUCUUAAGGGGAAAGCCUUGGAAGCGGUACGUUGCCGUCUGUUGUAUCCGACAAACCUUUCGGGAACCAUCGCCACGUUGAGAACAUUGUUUGGUAGACCAGAGGUGAUCGUGCAUUCACUUAUUAACAAGAUCAGGGAAAUGCCGCUACCGAAAGCAGAGAAGCUACAAACGUUAAUCGAUUUUGGAGUAGCCGUUCAAAACGUUUGUGCUACUAUCAAUGCGUCUGGUCUUGAUGAGUAUUUGUGUAACGUAGCUCUACUACAUGAGUUGGUGGAGCGAUUACCUCCCUCGAUUAGAUUGAACUGGGCAUAUCAUCGACAAACUCUAGAAAGAGUAACCUUGUCUGACCUUGGAGAUUGGCUGGGGAAAUUGGUGGAAGCAGCCAGCGUUGUCACUAUUCCAUCCAUGGUAGUUCCGAAACCAGAGCGAAGGGGUCGAAGGGACGACAAUUACAUAAAUAUCCAUUCGGAUGUUAACCCUGUCGAAGAACACACCCCGAAGACUCGAGCAGAAGGCGGUUCGCGAGAUUGUUUCGUGUGUCAGGGAGAAUGCAGUAGCCUGGAAACGUGUCACGAGUUUCUCAACAUGAACAUCGGUUCACGGUGGGCGAUUGUCAAAGAUUGGAGACUAUGUAGGAAGUGUCUACGGAAGCAUUUCGGGGCCUGCCAUAUUAGAGCUCCAUGCGGCAAGAACGGUUGUUCGUUUAUGCACAACAAAUUACUGCACGACGACCAUAGAUAUAACGAUCAAGCGGUAGAACCAUCGACGUCCUCGGGUGGACGCACGACAACGCAGAAUUGUCAUAUCCAUUCCAGUAUGGUUGGAAAUAUUCUGUUUCGGUACGCACCCGUGACUCUUUAUGGUAAAGGACGAACGAUUAAGACUUUCGCCUUUCUCGACGACGGUUCGUCAGCUACCUUUAUGGAGCACAGCUUGAUGAAGGAACUGAAUCUUACAGGAACAUCGCAUCCACUGUGUCUGAAUUGGACCGGGGGUCAACAAAGGGAAGAAAACGAGUCGAUAAAGCUGAGAGUGAAGAUUUCUGGCAAUUGCGACGUUAGUGAAGUAUACGAGUUACCGAAGGUCCACACAGUUCGAAGCCUGGCGCUCCCAAAGCAGUCCUUGUCAGUAGUUCAGUUAGUAGCUAAAUACCUCUACCUAAAAGGACUACCGCUUGAGUCCUAUAGUAACGUGUCACCAAGACUGUUAAUAGGUAUGGAUAACUGUCGCCUUGGCCGUACGAUCAGAAGCGCUGAAGGAACCGAUGAUGAACCAGUAGCAUCCAAGACCCGCCUGGGUUGGAUCGUGUACGGGCCCUGCUCGAUGACAUCUAGACCAUUGAAAGCAGGCUUCAGUGGUGUCCAUAGUUUCCACAUCUGUCAGUGUAAUAAAGAAGUAGAUAAAGAGCUGAAUGUGGCUUUGAAAGAGUAUUUUAUGGUAGAUUCAUUGGGGAUUACGGGGUCGUCUAAACAAAUCCUAUCCAAGGACGAAGAACGUGCGCUAAAAAUUCUCUCAGAUGAGACCCGUUUAAAGGGAAAUCGUUAUGAGACAGGUCUAUUAUGGCGGUACGAUCAGGUGCGGUUGCCCGACAACAAAGCAAUGGCGUUGAAGCGCAAUGCUUGUCUAGAGAAAAGAUUGAGGCGGGAGCCAGCGUUAGCCAUGGAAAUGGCCACUAAAAUGUCUGAAUAUGUGACAAAAGGUUACAUCCGGCGACUUACACCUGCCGAGAAAACGAAAAGGCUUCCGAACGACUGGUAUUUACCAAUAUUCCCGAUUGUUAACCCAAAUAAACCGGGGAAAAUGCGGAUCGUAUUUGACGCGGCCGCGAAAGUGAAUGGAGUUUCCCUGAAUUCUUUUCUGCUCACGGGUCCAGAUCAACUGGUAUCGUUGCUCGCAGUUCUCCAUAAGUUUCGUGAAUUUCGUAUCGCGGUUGUCGGAGAUAUUCGCGAAAUGUUCUUCCAAGUGAUGAUGAAACCGCAAGACCAGCGUAGUCAGAUGAUCCUAUGGAGAGGUGAACGUCCCAUUGAAGAUCCGGACGUGUAUGUGGUGACCGUCAUGACGUUUGGUGCAGCAUGUUCCCCGAGUAGUGCCCACUUCAUUAAAAACCAGAACGCCGAAAGAUUUGCGGAUCAGUAUCCCCGGGCGGUCGACUGUAUUAAAUACGAACAUUACGUCGAUGAUAUGUUAGCCAGUGUGGAGACUGAAGAGGAGGCAUUGAAGCUGGCCAAAGAAGUGCGCUUCGUGCAUUCUCAAGGAGGAUUCGAGAUCCGAAAUUGGUUAUCGAAUUCACCCAAGGUUACAGAGUGUAUCGGAGAAAGAACGGAGAAGAAUUUGAACAUAGAGAUGGCGACAGAGAAGGUUCUGGGAAUGUGGUGGAAUACGGCAACUGAUGCGUUCACAUUUAGAAUCUCAUCAAAGCACGAUGCAGAUCUGUUGUCAGGAGCAAGAAUGCCCACGAAACGAGAGGUAUUGAGAACGUUGAUGGCGGUGUAUGAUCCCAUGGGGCUCAUCGCCAAUUACUUGAUGUAUCUAAAAAUCCUUUUGCAAGAAAUCUGGCGUAGUGGUUGUGAUUGGGAUGAACAAAUUUCUGGAAAACAUGCCGAAAAAUGGAGAGUUUGGAUCGAAGUUCUCCCUGAAGUCCGGAAAGUGAGCGUUCCUCGAUGUUAUCGCCAGAUAACGUCUUCUGAUGCUUCCACGGAGGUGCAGCUGCACAUAUUCUGCGAUGUAAGCGAAAGCGGGGUAGCUGCUGUGGCAUACUUCAGAUUCCAACAAAAUGAAACGAUAGAGUGUGCAAUGGUUGGAUCAAAAACCCGUGUAGCCCCUCUGAAAUUUCUUUCGAUCCCUCGGUUGGAAUUGCAAGCUGCAGUCAUCGGAGCGCGCAUGGCAGAUGGGAUCACACGGUCGCAUAGAAUAAAGAUCUCACGCCGCGUUUUCUGGACUGAUUCCCGUGAUGUGGUAUGCUGGUUACGAUCUGAUCACCGACGUUAUCACCAAUUUGUAGCGUUCAGGAUCAGUGAAUUGCUCGAGACAACAGUAGUAGAUGAGUGGAGAUGGCUUCCUACAAGAGCGAACGUGGCUGAUGAAGGGACAAAGUGGCAAAGGUUGCCCGACCUACAACCCACAAGUCGCUGGUUUCAUGGACCGACCUUUUUGUGGAAGCCCGACAGUGAAUGGCCAGGCGAUUCUGGUGAACUAGGAACGACUGCAGAAGAGAUACGUUCUAGCGUUUUCCAUCACCAUAUCAUUUCACCAUUGAUGUGUUUCGAACGUUUCACCAAAUGGAAGCGACUGUUAAGAACUGUUGCAUAUGUGUAUAGAUUCAUUACAAAUCUCCGGAAGAGUGUCAAUCGCAUGCCAUCUAAACAAAGACCUCUCGAGCAAAAGGAAUUAGAUCGUGCAGAGCAGAUUAUAUAUUCUCAAACCCAAAGACAAGUCUACUCUGACGAAUUCGAAAUACUGAAUAACAUCGCUCCAGGAACACAGCCAUGGGAGCGUAUUUUACCGAAGUCCAGUUCAUUGUACACCUUGUGUCCGACUAUCGACAAUUUUGGAGUUCUCCGAAUGCAGGGACGUAUUGCAGCUUGUGAAUGGGUAGAUGAAUCCGUUAAGCAUCCGAUCAUUCUCCCAAGACGGAAUCAUGUGACCGAUUUAGUGAUCGCACAUUAUCACGACGCGUACCGUCAUCUAAAUCAUCAGACCGUGAUGAAUGAGAUACGGCUCAAAUACCACAUUCCGCGGCUCAGAUCGGAGUAUAACCGCGUUCGAAAAAAUUGCCAGCAUUGCAAAAUCCGACACGCGAUUCCGAAAUAUGGAAAACCUUCCACCUGCACGCUUGGCGGCAUUUCAACGACCAUUUUCAUACACCGGAAUUGA